AUGUCCAGUUCCAAAUCCGAUGGUGCUCUUCAUGUUUGUGACGUGCCUACAGACCAAUUCUUCCUCGGAGCAGUGGGCAGCACCUGCGGCGCACUGAACCUCUACUACGAUGCGAACGACACGGAUCCAAUGAGAGUCGAGCAUCUGUUCUGUUCAGCAAGUUGGAAUCAAGAACGAAAGGACAUUCGCACUCUAUUCAAAUUCUUCAGCAUCUCCUCCACACGAUCGAUGCAAUACAGAGACAAGAUUGUUGAUCCCCGUCGCGAGAACGACUUCAUGUUUCAGCAAAUGUUUGCCGCUGCCUCGGCCGAUGGGAAGUCCUCAGAUCCCGCCGAAUUCUGGCUUGACCGCUUGCUAGAGGAUGCGAUGCACUUCAUCCUUCCUGUGAGCCCGGACGUGGCCAUCGUUCUGUGCAACGAGUUGCGGUGCUCCAACUCCUCGGCUGCGCAUGUUACGCAUACAUCUAAGGUUCCAAACAGCUUGUUGACCAAGGCUCCACACUUGGACAUUGUCAAUGUAAAUGUAUCGAGUGCCAAGAAAGGAAAAAAGCGAUGGCCAGCGACCACAGCAUGGCGAGUGAACAUUGGAGCUCUGUCCGCGGACCAUCAUCGAGUUAUUACAUCAUAUUCUUUGAGUCAUGCCAAGUCUAUCAUCGUAUGCCGUCGAAGGAAGUGCUUCGAGAAAGCCAAACGAGACCUGUUAGCAUUUUCGAAAGAUAGAGUUGAGGCAUGGAAGAGUCAAGAAUUCCGAUUCGAAGACCGGAAUGUUCAUCGACAACGGGGCUCGGACAGUAGCCCCAGCCAAGAUCAGCUCACCAGUAUCGCGGAGCUCCAGAUAGAAGCUCUCGAUGACAUCUUCCGCAAUGUUAUCCCUAAACGCGAACAUCUUCAGAGGACCAAGGAGAACUUUUGCAAAUCCUGGCUGGCCUUACGUGCUGCUAAUGCAUUCCUCAAGGAUCCCACGCUGACCGCUGCUCCUAUUAAAGCUGCCUUCGAAGCUGCAUAUCCAGCACAACCACCAGACCACCGGGACCUGAUAACCAUCGAUUUCAACCAGUUCUUCUUGUGUGGCAUUGGAGACGAUACAUUCACCAAGCUAAGUCUGUUAAUCGAUAAAAAGAUCAAGGAAGUGGUCCAAAGCGAGGAUUUCGAGCCACACUGGACUGCGUGCAGAUCUGAUACAAACUCGGUCAAGGACUCUUUGCCGCUCAUGGAAGAUUACGAUGAUCCACGGAACCAUGAUGAAAAGCACAAUAAUCCUGCUUUUCGACCCUUUUUCAGAGCAGCACAAUGCUACGAGGUAAUGAAAUGGUUGUUCGAGCAUCGUCAAGAUAUCCUAGCAGACUUUGUCCGACAAAUUGCGGUUCCGCUCCACGACCUUCAAACACAGGUUUUUCGCUUUCGCCCGACACGAGAGUAG